GGAAGCCGCGCUCAGGUGAGGACCCCCACCUUUAAAAAAAAGACCCCAAACAUGCAAAUUUGCAAGGUUGACCACGUGCAUCUACAUCGGCGUGACAUGUCAUCUGACCAUAGAUGAAGUAAACAGGUUCCAGCCAAAGCAUGGCCAUCUACAGCUGCAACAUAUUCCUUGCAGUGGCUAGGACCAGAGGGUCAUCAUGCCUGCUUGUACACUCCAGUUGUUCCCUGUUCUCCUCGUCAGCUGCAUUUGCUCAACUGUUGGAUUUCCACCAUAACGGAACAUUCCUGAAGGACUCUGAAAGCCACCAGCUCCUCUCCAGUUCACCGCAGGGCAACGGUUGGCCUCACUUGCUCAUUAGACCGAUGCGGAUGUUUCGCACGUCAGCUUAUUGGCAUCAGGACAAACCUCACCCUGAGCCAAGUACUGUAAAAAAAGACCCCACUCCGGCCAACCUUCCAGACAAAGCCGCAGAGACUGUGAGGAGAUCUCUCUGGCAGAGGAUUGUAGAUGAACUGAGACAUUAUUACAAUGGAUUCCACUUGCUUUGGAUCGACACGAAAGUAGCUGCUCGGAUGGUCUGGAGACUGUUACACGGACAAAUCCUCACCAGGCGGGAGAGACGAAGGCUGAUGAGAACAUCAGCAGAUCUUUUCCGUCUGGUUCCUUUCUUGGUGUUCAUCAUAGUUCCUUUCAUGGAAUUCCUGUUACCUGUAUUUCUGAAACUCUUUCCCGAGAUGUUGCCUUCAACCUUUGAAACGGAAUCGAAAAAGGAAGAAAAGCAGAGGAAGAAACUGAGCGCGAAGUUGGAGCUAGCCAAAUUCUUACAGGAGACAAUUGCAGAGCUGGCGAGAAGAAACAAAGCCAGCACGGGAGCAGCUACCCAGCUCUUCUCUUCCUAUGUCCAGAAGGUUCGACAUAGCGGCCAACAACCCAGCACCCAGGAAAUUGUACAGUUUUCCAAACUGUUUGAGGAUGAGCUGACGCUGGAACACCUGGAGCGGUCCCAGCUGGUCAUCCUUUGCAAACUGCUGGAGUUACAACCCAUUGGCACCAACAACCUCCUCCGCUUCCAGCUUUUGAUGAAGCUCAGAUCCAUCAAGGCUGACGACGAGAUGAUAGCCAAGGAAGGCGUUAAUGGCUUGAGCGUGUCUGAGCUCCAGAGUGCAUGCAGGGCAAGAGGAAUGAGGUCACUGGGCCUUACGGAGGACCAGCUCAAAGAGCAACUGAACCAGUGGCUGGAUUUGAACCUCAAAGAAAAAGUCCCUCCUUCUUUGCUGCUGCUUUCUCGUGCCUUGUACCUGACAGAUGUGAGUCCCAAACCGAUGGUGGUGAACACAGCCAAGCAGUAUAUUUCAACCAACGUACACACAGUACAACACAGUACAACAAAUCCCAUGAGGCUUUUAUGUUUACCAUCAGCAUGGCAGAAGCCUCUGAAGAGUGAGGAUGCCGAAAUGGAGGAUGAUGAUGAUGAGGAAGAAGAAGAACAGGAGACCUUGUUGGAUUCUGCCCCCAGCGUGCAGGAAAGGAAGAAUGAAGAAUUUAUAUUGCCUCCAAAAGACAAAUUACCAGUUCCUGAAAUGUCAGUCAAGCCUCCAGUGGGAGAGGAGACUAAAAUAGGAGCGCCCCGGAGCAGCAAAGCCAGUGCCAAUGGCGUCUAACCGAUUUCCCAUAAAAAGAAGCUGGACCCUCAGAAAAGGAAAAUUAAAACCCGGAAGCACUACCACAUCACCAUGUGCAAAACGUCGGCAGCUUUCAUCGCCCAUCUCCUUCGCAGACCCAGCCCUGUGAAAUCCGGUUCUCCGGACUCAACGACCGUCUUAUCUCAGCCAGGUGAAAAGCUCACUUUUGCAUCCCAGGGUGAAGACUUGCAUUCGUGAGACAUCUGCGUAACUUAUUUUGUUUUGUAAAUAUGUACAUAAUUCAAAGACUAGUCCAGGGGCCUCCAACUUUAAGACUUGUGGACUUCAACUAUAAGACUCGUGGACUUCAACUCCCAGAGUUCCUCAGCCACCAAAGCUGGCUGAGGAAUUCUGGGAGUUGAAGUCCACAAGUCUUAAAGUUGCCAAGGUUGGAGACCCCUGGACUAGACCAGUUGUAAUUCAAUGCAAAACGGUUCCCAUGUAGGUGUAUAAUUCCUUAAAACUUCUUUUGUGUUUAACUUAAAUUUCCUAAGAAGGGGCCUCCUUGCCACCCUGAGCCAUUUUUUCUGUCAGAAAUUGUAGAAAGGCGGCCUCCUCUCCCCUCAGCAGACAAGACAUGAAUUGAUUAAUGGCCCGGUUCUUCAAAAAGACUUACUUAAAAGUAGGUCGGGGAGAAGGCCCUUCCAAAUGGUCUUGCGUAAAAUUGCAGUCCCUGCUUCUCAAAAUCAACCGAGAAGAAUGGAAGAUGGACAGCAUUUUCCUCUUAGUAUGCAAGUAAAAUGGAAGCCAUCCGUGGUGCAGCUGCUUUCCUCCUGUCACACAGUUUUCCCCUCAUUUUUUAACCCAUUGGUGAAAAGACCGCACACUCCAAUGUGUUUUCCUGUUGUUUCAAAAGGAGCAAAUGUUGCACAAAACACACAGAAUUGGACCCUAAACCUUAUUUAAACCGAGUAAGGAUGAAUUGAAGUAUGGAUUAAGUUAUUUACAACUCGCUCAGGCAGACGCUAUCAAUAAUCCAAUUAUUUGUAAUUUUAUUGUCUCUGUUAAUUAAAUUGUGGGUGUUGAAUUAACCUGUAA